GACACUUGGAAAUAAUUUCCUUAGACGUCAGCAGUGUUUCGAGCAUAAUGGAAGGCGCUAGUCGCUCUCUCGUUAUUGUCAUAUUUGUAUCGUUCUUGGCUUUCACAAUUUUGUAUUUUAACCACAAGAAGUCCUUUAGUCGCUCACCUCAGCUUGUGAGCGAUAACUUUGGCAUUUUGACGAUUCGAUCAAAUCAAAGUCAAAGUCCCAACGAAACUUCAAUGGUCUUUGUUCAUUUACUGAAUUCUAUCCAGAGUUUGAACAAUUCUUUAUCGGAAAUCCAGACGCAGUUGGUGUCACAACGACGUUUCUUCAAUAUUAAUGUAACGGAAAACGAAAAAAAUGGUUGUCCCUCACAUAAGUUUGUAAUGACAACGGGUGAUUCAGGAGGAUUAGGCAAUCGAAUGAGUGAAUAUGCUACACUUUUGGCUUUGUCUGCAAUCACCGGAUUCACACCAGUUAUCGGAAAGGAUCAUAAAAAAACUUUGACAGAUGUGUUUCCGUUGAUUCCUUUUGAGGGAACUAAAAUCAGCCAAAGUUGUAUGGAUACGGCCAAAGCAUUAAACCCGAGGCUGCUGACGGAGACCAACGCUUUCAUAGCUACCAAGCCAGUAGAUCAUGUUCACAAUAUACGGUUACAUGAGUAUCCGAAUGGGGUAUUUUACUACAAUAAAAUAAGGGGCCUUCUUAAAGAGCACUUAAGAUUCAAACCAGAAGUUGACACAGUGGCUGAAGGGUUCUUGGUAAAUGCCAGCCUUCUAUUGAAACCUGACAUGAUGGACCCAGUUUGGGUUGGAAUUCACGUUAGAAGAACGAGCUACAAAUACCAUUUAAAUGUGACUCAAAACGGCACCUUGGUUACUUUCGAGUAUUUUGAACGUGCUAUAAAAAGACUUGAAGAAAGCCUAAGCGAUUCAUACCGGAACUUUGAGCCCACAAAAAUGGUCUUUGUGGUAGCUUCAGAUGACAAUGAAUGGUGCAAGACACAGUUCGGAACAAUACCCAAUAAGACCGUCAUAUUUGCCGAGCAAGCCUUCACCCACAAUUUGGGAUUUGACAGGAAGUAUUUAGAUAUGGCCAUCAUGUCCAAAUGCAACCACUCCAUCUUCGACUAUGGGACAUUUGGAUUUUGGGGGGCCUAUUUGGCCGGAGGUCAUACGAUACUGGCCCACAACAUUGGCACUGGCAUGAAUCCUGAAGUGGAGAACGUCAGGCAAGCUGAACUGCCAAAUUGGCACUUCAUUGAAGCUCAUGGAAAGUCGUAACGCCCUCACAAACCCUUGCCGUCAUGAACCAUUCCAAGAUGAUCUGACAACGCGAGUGGUAAACUCAACAAAUCGUACGCCACGGUAUCUCAAUUAAAUUGUUAUAGAAUAUUUGCGUUUCUGCUUAAAUACACGUUUAUCCGAAAUCGGA